CUCGGGCUGGGGUUCGGCGCACUCCUCCACGGCCGCCGAGCCGAGCGGACGCCCCACGGGGCCGCACCGCAGUCCUCUGCUCCCCGCCUAUCAUGCCCCGGGCCCCGGCUCGGGCCGCCGGAGCAGUCAGGACACCAUGCCCGAGGGCGGCGGUGGCGACGGCGGGGAGGUGCCCGCGCUCAUCCCGGACGGCGAGCCGCUGCGGGAGGAGCAACGACCCUUGAAGCAGUCCCUGGGAAGCUCCCUGUGCCGAGAGUCGCACUGGAAGUGCCUGCUGCUCACAUUGCUCAUCCAUGCCUGCGGGGCUGUGGUGGCCUGGUGUCGCCUGGCCACGGUGCCACGGCUGGUCCUUGGGCCUGAGGCAGCCUUGGCCCGUGGGGCUGGUGGCCCACCGCCUACCUAUCCGGCCAGCCCCUGCUCGGAUGGCUACCUGUAUAUCCCGCUGGCCUUUGUCUCCCUCCUCUACCUCCUCUACCUGGCCGAGUGCUGGCACUGCCACGUGCGGUCAUGCCAGGCACCUCGCACUGAUGCCAACACCGUGCUCGCCCUGAUCCGCCGCCUGCAGCAGGCCCCGCCCUGCGUCUGGUGGAAGGCCACCAGCUACCACUACGUGCGCCGCACGCGCCAGAUCACCCGCUACCGCAACGGCGACGCCUACACCACCACGCAGGUCUAUCACGAGAGGGCCGACAGCCGCACCGCCCGGGGCGAGUUUGACUACUCGGCUCACGGCGUCCGCGACGUCUCCAAGGAGCUCGUGGGCCUGGCUGACCACGCGGCCACGCGGCUGCGCUUCACCAAGUGCUUCAGCUUUGGCAGCGCGGAGGCCGAGGCGUCGUACCUCACGCAGCGGGCCCGCUUCUUCGGCGCCAACGAGGGCCUGGACGACUACCUGGAGGCCCGCGAGGGCAUGCACCUGAAGGACGUGGACUUCCGCGAGUCCCUCAUGGUCUUCGCUGACCCCCGCAGCCCGCCCUGGUACGCCCGUGCCUGGGUCUUCUGGCUCGUGUCGGCGGCCACGCUGUCCUGGCCACUGCGUGUCGUGGCAGCCUAUGGCACAGCCCACGUGCACUACCAGGUGGAGAAGCUUUUCGGAGCCAGCUCGCCGCCUCCGGGGGCUGUGCCCAGCGGGCCACCGCUGUCCCGCGUGGCCACAGUGGACUUCACCGAGCUCGAGUGGCACAUCUGCUCCAAUCGGCAGCUGGUGCCCAGCUACUCGGAGGCAGUGGUGAUGGGCGCGGGCUCCGGCGCCUACCUGCGCGGCUGCCAGCGCUGCCGUCGUUCGGUCAGCAGCAACUCGCUGCCCCCCGCCCGGCCCAGCGGGCCCCGCCUGCCCUUCAGCCGCAGCCGCCUGUCGCUAGGCGCUGGGGGCCGCGCCACGCCCGGGGUCUUCCGCAGCCUGAGCGGGGGGCCGUUGGGGCGCCGUGGAGAGGACACGGAGCCCCUGGAAAGCCCUCCGUGCUACGAGGAUGCCCUUUACUUCCCGGUGCUCAUCGUUCACGGGGACAGCGGCUGCCGGGGGGAUGGGCAGGGUGCACUCUGAGACCGCUACGGCCCCAGGGCAGCCCCCUCCUCACCGUCCUUAGAUGCCUGAGCAAUUGUCCAAAACAGAAGGGAAAACAGGCCAGCCAUGCACAAGGGGUGGGGAUGGGGUGGGGUCCUUAGGCUAAAAUGCCUGACUUCUUGUCAUUUUGAGGGGAAGUGGACACCACCUAAAUUGAGUCCAUGAUCCGUCCCCAGCAUGGCUUCCCCCCCCACCACCACAUUCCACCCACUGUGAUGGUAGAUGAUCUGGCUUGGAGCCUUUCACAGUUGGCAGGGGAGGAAGCUUCCAGAAAGACUGGGGUGGGGAGGAGUCCUGGGGACAGCUGUUGCCUGCAGCCAAGGGCUACCUGUGAGCUCCUCCCCGUCAUGGCUGAGGCCACAUCGGAGCAACCCAGAAGCACAAACUGGCAGUUUGGGGCUGUGCCCAGCAGGGCUGGCCUCCCUGAAGCUGAAGAGCUGGCUAUGGGAGCACCAGGCUUGGCCCCAUCACUGCCCAAAGUUCCCCUCUUCCUCCCCUGCUGGGUCCCUC